CAGCCAGCCUCUACCUGGGCUCUCCUGAGCCACCAAAUCCCCAGGCAGCCCGGACCCCAGGGUCCCCGAGAACUGCCCCAAGGAUGCGCGCCAGGAAAGUGGUUAUGUCCCCUCUGGUGUGGGGGCUGCUGGGCUGCCGUCUCCUCUGUGGCUGGGCUCUGAGAACUCUGCGGCCCUUCCACCCUCUGCCCUCGCUGUCCUCCGGAGUCAAGCCAGGAUAUGAACCCGUGUGGGUGCCCCCUGGGGGUGCUGAAGCAGCCCUGGCCUUUCUCUACUCUGGAGAUGCCCAGCAGCUGUUGGGAACUAAUUGCAGUGUGCGCUAUGAAGCUCAGGGGGCAGAAGCCAGUCCAGGGGUGCCCCCGAUCCUAGGGAGGGCAGCAGCCACCAUUGCCCAGGCCGCCAAUUUCCUCAACAUGCUGCUACAAGCCAAUGACAUCCGCGAGUCAAGCGUGGAGGAGGAUGUGGAGUGGUACCAGGCGCUGGUCCGCAGCGUGGCCGAGGGGGACCCGAGGGCCUACCGGGCUUUGCUGACGUUUAACCCUCCACCAGGGGCCAGCCACCCGCCGCUGGCCCUGCAGGCCACCCGAAUGGGGGAGGAGACCAUCCUUCAGGACUUGUCUGAGAGCAGGGUGCUGGAAGAGAGCCUCACUGAGACCCUGGACACUCCUAUCCUGCAGAAACGGGUGCUGACCAAUGACCUAGGGACCCUCGGAAGCCCCAAGUGGCCACGGGGGGAUGGCUAUCUGGGGGACAUGCAGCAUGUGAGGCUGUCUCCUCCCUUCCUGGAAUGCCAGGAGGGCCAGCUUCGUCCUGGCUGGCUUGUCACACUUUCGGCCACCUUCUACGGACUCAAGCCGGACCUCAGCCCGGAGAUCAGGGGGCAGGUGCAGAUGGAUGUAGACGUUCAAAGUGUGGACAUCAACCAGUGUGCCAGCGGCCCAGGCUGGUACGCUAACACGCACCUGUGUGAUCUCAACAGCACCCAGUGCAUCCCUCUGGAGAGUCAGGGCUUUGUCCUUGGCCGCUACCUCUGCCGCUGCCGACCAGGCUUCUAUGGGGCAAGCCGUUCUGGGGGGUCCGAGGAGAGUGCCGCCCAGCCUACUGAGCAAUCUGCAUCACCACAAGGCAGCUCCGGGAGGCUGCUUCGGUGCCAGCCAUGUGCCGAGAGCUGCACCAGCUGCAGGGAUGCCACACCUUGCCUGGUGGAGGAGGCCUUGGCGCUGCGGACAGCAGUGUUGGCCUGCCAGGCCUGCUGCAUGCUGUCCGUCUUCCUGAGCAUGCUGGUUUCCUACCGCUGCCACCGGAGCAAGAGGAUCCGGGCAUCCGGAAUUGUCCUGCUGGAAACCAUUCUUUUUGGAUCCCUGCUGCUUUACUUCCCUGUCUUCAUCCUGUACUUCAAGCCCGGUGUAUUCCGCUGCAUUGCUCUCCGCUGGGUCCGGCUGCUGGGUUUUGCCCUCGUCUAUGGCACCAUCAUACUCAAGCUGUACAGAGUGCUCCAGCUGUUUCUGUCUCGGACGGCCCAGCGGGGCCCCCUCCUAAGCAGCGGGCAGCUGCUCCGGCGUCUGGGACUGCUUCUGCUGCUGGUACUGGGCUUCCUGGCUGUGUGGACAGUGGGGGUCCUGGAGCGAGGCAUCCUGCACACGCCCCUGGUGACCCGAGGCCACACUCCCACGGGCCGCCACUUCUACCUCUGCCACCAUGACCACUGGGACUACAUCAUGGUUGUGGCCGAGAUGCUGCUCCUGUGCUGGGGCAGCUUCCUCUGCUACGCUGCCCGGGCUGUGCCCUCAGCUUUCCACGAACCACGCUACAUGGGCAUCGCCCUGCACAACGAGCUGCUGCUCUCCGCUGCCUUCCAUGCAGCCAGGUUUGCGCUGGUUCCCUCCCUGCACCCGGACUGGACCCUCCUCCUCUUCUUCUUCCACACGCACAGCACAGUCACCGCCACUCUGGCCCUGAUCUUCAUCCCUAAGUUCUGGAAGACGGGGGCGCCUCCCCGGGAGGAGAUGGUGGACGAGGUGUAUGAGGAUGAGCUGGACCUGCAGCGCUCGGGCUCCUACUUCGACAGCAGCACUGCCUCGGCGUGGAGCGAGCGCAGCCUGGACCCUGGAGACAUCCGGGACGAGCUGAAGAAACUCUACGCCCAGCUAGAGGUCCACAAGACCAAGGAAAUGGCUGCUAACAACCCCCACCUGCCCAAGAAGCCGGGCAGCUGGCGCCAGAGCCUGGGCCGGUCCUUGGUCAGGUACCUGGCUGAGUUCCCGGAGACCCUGGCCCGGCAGCACUCCCGGGACUCGGGCUCCCCCGGCCGCGGCAGCCUGCCCAGCUCCUCCCGCCGCAGGCUGCUCAGCUCCAGCCUCCAGGAGCCCGAGGGGCCGCCGGCCCUGCGCAAGUCCCACAGCACCUAUGACCGCAGCCCCCGCAGGGAGCGGGACGCCCCUCUCCUCGACUCCCUGCCCAGGAGGAAGCUGGCCAAGAGGACCUCUCGGGCAGAGAGCCGGGAGUCAGAGGAGGGGCCACCCGCCCUGGGCUUCAGGUCGGCCAGUGCCCACAACCUGACAGUGGGAGAGAGGCUCCCCAGAGCGCGGCCCGCCUCACUGCAGAAGUCGCUCAGCGUCAUGGCUGGCUCCAGUGAGAAGGCCCUGCUCGUGGCCAGCCAGGCCUACCUGGAGGAGACCUAUCGGCAGGCAAAGGAGCAAGAGGAGAGAAGGAAGGCAGAGGCGGCCUUGGCGAGCCCAGCUCAGAGGCCAUCGGCCAGGAGGCUGGAGCCAGCGCGAGGGGCGCCUCUGUCAGCCCCACCUUCCCCUGCCAGGAGCCGCAGCAGGGACAGCUCCUGGGCCUCUGGGCGGCUUCCGGAGGCGGCUGGGGGCAGGCUGCCCCACCCACCCAUCCAGCACCAGCUCUCCACACCCACCAAAGCCCUGUCCGGGGCUAGCCUGAGGGAACCAAGGAUGCUGUCUCCCACUCCCACCUUAGCUCCGGCUCUGAUACCAGCUUCGGCCCCGGUUCUGGUCCCAGUCCCUGCCCUAGCACAAGUCCCAGUCACCCCCCAAAGCCCCAGCUUUCUCACCUUCAUCUGCCCCUGGGAGAAUGCAGAACUGCCAGUCAAGAAAGAAAAUGUGGCACAAGAAGGCUCGUCGGGGCCAGAGCGAGGCAGCCACUCCCCUGCCCCGGCUCGCGCCAGGCUCUGGAGGGCCCUCUCGGUUGCAGUGGAGAAAAAGCGUGCUGGGGAGAAUGGGAUGGACACGGAGGACAGGUGUCUCCAGGGGGAAACUGAUGACGUGGGGGAAGACAAGUCCAAGAUCUUCCCUAAAUCGCACAGCCUCAAGACCCCUGUUCAGCAGGGCUCCGUGCGCAGCCUGGGGCUGGCUAUCAAAGCUCUGACCCGCUCCCGGAGCACACACAGGGAAAAGGAGAGCGGGGAGGGGAGUCCCGAGGGGGAGAAGGGCAGAGCUGGGGGAGAGGGAGUGGGUGCGUGCCCCAGAUCCCCCAGGCUGGGCGGGCGCAAGGCGGUGAGUAAGCAGGCGGCCCUGGCCCCCUGCGAAGACGAGGAGUCCCUGCAGAACCAGCAGAAUGCUCACACCAGCAGGAUGCUCCGCGUCUGUCACCAGGAGGGCAGCAGGGAACAAGACGACGGAGGCAGGAGGACACCCCAGGGUCAAGGGGAGGGCAGUGUUGAGAGAGCAGGUAAAACAGGGCCUGCCACGCCGAGGCAGGUCAGGCAGGGCACGGUUGAGGACAGAAAUGCUGAGCGAGCCAAAGAAGCCCCCGGAGGGCGGCAGGAACGGCUCAGAGCUGGCCCGCAGCCCGCGGGCAGUGCUGACUGCUGGGUGGCAGAGGUGUGCCCCUGGGAGGUUGCCGCGUCAGAAACGGGUCUGCCUGCCGGUAACAAGGCUGACAUCUGCCCCUGGGAGGUGAGUGAAGGAGGCCUCGGGAGCGGGGCAUUGAGACAAGACCCAGAUGACUCCCAAGAAGACAGAAGGAAAGCCCCAGAAGAAUCAGAGCCCAGACAUGUGGCUGCCGUUGCUCAGAAAAAGCCUGAAAGGCUGGGCAGGGGGCAGGAGGCGGUGUGUCCCUGGGAGAAUGCCGAUCCCAGGGGCCUGUCCCCUCGGCCAGCCCCUCGGGACUCUGAGCGAACCCAGGGCAGGUCGGAGCCAGGGGGCAGCGUGGAGGUCAGAGAGGCGGAGAGGUGUCCGCAGAAAGUCACAGGCCCGGAAGCUGGUACGCCUGACUUCGCCAAGGCCGAGCUCUGUCCUUGGGAGGAAGGUGAAGGAGAGAAGGAGAAACCGGCCCAUAAGGGAGUGAAGAAACUUGCCCAGGAAAAGCAGAAAGCCCCCAAGAAAACCACCUUCUGGAAAGAACAGAAACCUGGCAGAGACUUGGAGUCUGUUUGUUUGUGGGAGAGCACUGAUUUCCGCGGCCCCUUAGCAAUCCCAACUGAGGCCCUGGGAGCCCCCCAGGGCUCGGGGGGCCCUGCGGAGGUGUGUCCGUGGGAGGCAGGAGAGGCUCCCGCCCUCAGGAAGGCAGAGGUCUGUCCCUGGGAGCUGAGUGCUGAGGUGGUGCGUCAGGGGGUGGGCGGAGAAGCUCUCCAAGGAGAGGGGCAAGCCUCCAGAAAAGGGCUCCUUGGAGAGAUGGGGGGACAAACUGGGAAGGCAGUGCAGACACCCAGUGCACGGGAGGGGUCCGUGUGCCCCCGGGAGGGCAUAGACUGUGGGCCCUCCAGCCCAUGUGUGGACAAUUCCUCACCCAGAGCUGGUGGCCGACUCCUCAGCGAUGGAGGAAGCCGAGCCACGCAGGUCUGUCCGCGGGAAGACCUCAGGCCAGAGGUAAAGGCAACCGCACCUGCCAAAGCAGAAAUCGGUCCCUGGGAGGGAAACGAGAGCACAGAGGACUGGAUGUCGAGACAGGCACCCAAAGGAGAAGAACCCCAAAAGGACAAGGAGGAAAUGCCUGAAACGUCAGGAAUCAAAGAUGUCACAGCUCGGGAAAAGCCUGAAGGACAGCUCCAAGGGCAGGAAGUAGCCUGUUCCUGGGGGAGUGUGGACCCUGGCGGCUUUCCCCCACCACCUCGAGACAUAGACAGACCCGAGGCCAGUCUCCAGGUGGCAGGUGGGGCGGGAAGCCAAAGGGCUGCCAUCUGUCCGUGGGACGUGGAGGACAGACUGUCUGCGGAGAAGGCAGAGGUCUGCCCCUGGGAGGCGACUGCCGGAGCAGGGGAGGGACGGGCUUCGGGACUGGAGGCCGUGAGGAAAUCGCCCAACGUUGCAGAAAAGGAUCCUGCAGACUCUGAGCCCGGCUGGACAGCUGUCACUGCUCCGAAGAAGCCAGGGAGGCCGGCCCGGGAGUGGGAGGCGGCCUGUCCCGGGGACAGGGUGGGUCCAGGGGACAGCUCUCGGCAGUUGGGCACUGCACGCACUGACCGACCGAAGGCUGGGUUCCAGGAACCGGGCCCUGCGGGGCGCAGGCCGGCUGAGGUGUGCCCCUGGGAAGUGGAGGAAGCGUCUGCCAGUGAAAGGGCCAAGAUCUGUCCCUGGGAGGUGACUGAAGGAGCUCCUGGGGAGGGUCUGGAGCAAGAGGAGGGGAACGGUUCAGCAGCAGGGCAGAGGGAGCAAACUCCAGAAAGGGGGACACUCGGCUCCCUGGAAGGCCUAUCAAGAGGAGGGAUGAGACUGAGUCAGCAGCAGGCAGCUGUCUGUCCUUGGGAGGAGGACCUGAGGAGACCCUGUGCCCGGGCCUCCGAGGUCUCGGGCUCCUUCGGCGGCAUGAGGAGCAAAGGGGUGGAGGAGCAUUCCGUGGAAGUCAGUGAUGAGGUGGCAGGGAAAGGGGACCUGAUGAUACAAGACCCCAAAAUGGGUUCCCUCCAAGAACAGGUAACCCAAGAAAGAGCUCCGUCUUCAGAAGCAGGAGGCCCUGCUGCAGAUGGGAGAAAAGCAGAAAAUGAGCUACAGUCUGUCUGUCCACGGGAGAGCACGGCCCCAGGGGUCUCUUCCUCCCAGCCCGGGAGUCACUGCCACGGCCGUCCGCGAGCUGGUGCUCAGACACAGGUUGGCGUUGGGGACGGGCGCGCCGAGCUGUGCCCAUGGGACGCUCCUGCCCCAGACGCUCAUCGGCCUAACGGCAGCGCCAAAGCGGAGGUCUGUCCCUGGGAGGUGACUGAAAGGCUCCCUGAAGAAGGAGUGUCCAUACGGAAUGGGAAAGGGGGCGAGGGGAGAGCCUCAGACAAACCAGAGCCCAAAGUUGGGGCAGUUCAGAGAAAGCCAGAGCAGGCAGACAGGAAACGGGAGGCCGUGUGUCCCUGGGACAGCCAAGACGGUGGAGGUCUGUCUCCACAGCCAGACCCACGAGCUUCUGACAGAGGCAACGGGACUCCGGAGGCAGCAGGCAAUGUGGAGGCCAGGGUGGCAGAAGUGUGUCCGUGGGAAGCAGUAGAGGUGCCCUCAGCCCAGCGAGCGGAAGUCUGCCCUGGGGACGCAAGUGAAGCAGAAGUGGAGGAAGGUGGCCUGGAACAGGCGGUGGAGAGAAAGCCCCCAGGGCAGGGAGAGCUGCUCCUUCAAAAGGCAGGGUCUGGAGGGACUGAAGAACACUUCUCAAAAGCAGCGGCAAAGGGCAGCGGGGAGCAGGGAACUGCCCGCCCCCGGGAAGGCACGGGUCUGGGGCCGCUCUUCCCCCAGCCAGAUGCUCUGGACGCAGACCAAGCCACAGUCAGUGCCCACGGGGCAAGUAGUACAGGGGGCAGGAUGGCAGAGCUGUGCCAGUGGGAAGUCACAGAUCCAGAAGGAAAUAGCAUAAAGGGCACCAUGGCAGACAUCUGUCCUUGGGGGGGACCUGGAGCCCCACCUGAGGGAUCUGGCCUCCUGGCUUUAACAGCAACUCGGACCGAAAUAUUUUCCCCCGGUGACCCUGAGAACCCGCCAUGCCUUUCGGUCCAAAGGCCUCUGGGUUGCUUCCUUCCAGAAAGCAAAAGCCCCCGCCCCAAGGUGAGUGAGCCAACCGGUUCUUUUAUUCUGGGAGAUUUCAGAGAAUUCCAAGGACCUUCAGGAGUUGGGCCAAGGACCAGCGUAACCCCAGGUCCAAGUCUCCAAGAGGCCGAGGCUCAGAAUUCUUCUUCCCUAACUGAAGACCAAGGAGAAGAGGCUUCCAAAGCUCCACAUGAAGAACUCGCCCCUCCAACUGUUUAUCCCUGGGACUGGGAGUAAUGAUUCCCAGUUUAAACUGGGGUGAGGUCAAACAUCGGGUGGCUGGCUUUCAACAGCCAAGGUUCCUUCCCAAGUCCUAGAGCUGAAACAAAGAUGCCUGGCCACUUCUGGUCUCUGGGAAGGUCAGAGACAAAUUACACAAGAAGGGUGCAGCUCGACCCCCGACAGGAAGUUGCACCCUCUCUUCACUUCCAGUUCUUCCUGCGGUAGGGAACAGAGCCUAGGCCCUCGGCUUCUGAGGAACCCUCCUGUCCAGCUGGGGCAUUCAGCACAAGCCAUCCGUGUCUAGACACUCACUUGGAAAGCCAAGUUGGGGACGAAAAGAGGUCAGCAAUGCCCCAACCACAUUUUCUUAUAGGGAGACCUUAUUGUUGUCUGCAGUCUACAAAGAAGAUGUUUUUGUUGUUGUUUUUUUGAGAAGAAACGAAAUCAUGCAAGGCAAUGGCUACAUAGGAACUGAGGGUCACAGGUUAUGGUCACCAUAGGAAGCUUAGGAAGCCACUUAAUUCAAGAU